AUGAAGCUGGAAGGUGCUUCUACACAGAAGACUGCUGUCCUUGCGCCAUCUGCAGCAAAGCAGCUGAGGAAGGGAAGACGCUCCUGUCGUGCACACGAAGCAAGGGUCUGGUUCAUUGAAGCAAACCGCCGACUGCAGCACUCACAAACCCGUUUAUGCCGUCUCCAAAGGCCAGUAACACCUCCUAUAAUUCUAUCUCGGCACCUCCGACACCACCAACCCCCAAGUAUCCCGCACCCUCCCCUGCCCCGCCGACGAAUCCUUGUACCAAGCGCCGCAAACCACACUUCAGUGCUCCACAACGCACACCCAAUUUCAAAAUCAAAGAGCCCCAUCGCCUCAGCCGCCAGAGCGGCCGAGAAAUCCAACAUGACUGAAGAAACCUUCCUCCAAAGACUAUUCAGAAGUCUCCGCAGUACAGACACUGCCGGGACCGCCCUUCCGACGCUGCUUCGAAUUGUAGAAGAUGAUCCUCGCCGACCUGAGGAAUCCCUGCGCGGGGAGGGCGCCGAUAACAUGCACAACGACAAGCGGCAGCACGCCGCGGACGCCGGAGAAGAAGUGUUCGAAGUUGAAGCAGGUUGA